AUGGCCUCAGAUAUCCCUAAAGUUGUGCCCUUGACCUGCCAUGGACACUCUCGUCCAGUGCCUCAUCUGAACUUUUCCUCUCUUGUAGAGGAUGAUCAGUACUAUCUAAUUUCCGCUUGCAAAGACAACAACCCGAUGCUCCGGGAUGGUAUUACUGGUGACUGGAUUGGCACUUUCCUUGGCCACAAGGGAGCUGUAUGGCAAGCUCGUCUUUCGACGGAUGCCAACAUUGCAGCAACUGCGGCUGCAGAUUUCUCCGCAAAGGUGUGGGAUACUCAUACUGGUGAAUGCUUGCACACCCUCCAGCAUUCACACAUCUGUCGAGCGGUGGCAUUCCCGAUCCAAUCGUCCCCUCAAAUUCUAGCCACCGGAGGCUUCGAGAAAAAGCUACGUAUUUUUGAUCUGACACGCAGCGGCGGUAGUAACAGUUCCUCGCCCACGUCCCCAUCAGCCGUAGAGAACGGUAACGGGGCUAGUGCAAUCACAAGCUAUGAGAUUGGGCCUGGCGUGCACGGAGGCACGAUCAAGGCUAUCGUCUGGAAUCAGGACUACAACAUCCUCACGACAGCCGCAGAGGAUCGGAAGAUCCGCUGGUGGGAUCUACGUUCUCGCCAUCCAGUCGUCGAGUACGCUGUCGAAGGCACGAUAGGUAGCUGCGAGCUCAACACCCUCGCCACUCGACCCAAUGACCCGGGUAUCCUAACCGUCGCGGCCGGAAAAAAUGUCUACCUCUUCGACGGUGUCACACCCGGGCGCCUCCUGAAGAAGAUGGACUUUCGGUACGAGGUCGCCAGCGCCGCUGUAAACAAUGAUACCGGCCGAUUGGUCACCGGCAGUGCUGACGAUACCUGGGCUCGGGUGUAUGAUCUACGCACCGAAGACGAGCUCGAAGUACAAAAGGGACACCACGGCCCAAUCUGGUCAGUCAGUUUCUCUCCCGAUGGCAAACUCUACGGCACAGGAAGCGAAGAUGGAACAAUCAAGCUUUGGAAGGCAUGUAGAGAGCCCUAUGGGCUGUGGCGGUAG